GCAUUACAAAUCAAUUUAAUACCUCCCGCGCCCCCCCUUAUUUUGUACUAUUAUCAAACAACAAAUGAACGAACAGGAAUUAGAAAAACAACCCACCAGCAUGUCCAUUCCAAAAAAGAGACUCUACAUGAUAAUUUCCUCUUUGUGUGUAGUUUCUUUUUUAGCUGCGUUUGAUAAUAUUAUUGUAGCAAGUAAUACUCCCUUAAUAGCAGCAGAGUUUAACGGCUUUGCUCUUUACGGCUGGGUGAAUACAGCGUUUCUAUUAACAGCGUCCACCUCACAACCCAUGUAUGGUAAAUGCGCAGACAUGUUUGGUAGAAGAAUCUGUUUCCUGUUUGCAACCGGGAGUUAUCUUAUUGGUGCUGUAUUAUGUGGUGCUGCACAGUCCAUGAUCAUGUUGAUUGUUGCAAGAGCCUUAUGUGGUUUAGGCAUCGGUGCAUUUGAUACCCUGAUGAAAAUCGUUGUUGCCGAUUAUAUCCCCGUGCGAUUCAUCGGCAUGUACCAGUCCUUAUUAGGCAUAUCGUGGGGAUUAGGUUAUGUCGUGGGAGCCCUUGUUGGUGGCGUAGCAGCUACCAAUUCGGGUUGGAGAUCCGUGUUUUGGAUGGCACUUGGCUUCUGCAUUGUUGCCUUGGUACUCGUCUUUUUUGCAAUUGAAGGCCCUGGAUCGGACAUGACAAUGUCUGCUGGUUUCUCCAACGUGGAUUUCAUUGGCAUGUUUCUCUGGACCUCGGGUGUUGUAUGUCUUGUACUUGCCCUGAGUUGGGGAGGUACCACCUAUGCCUGGAAAUCCACACCCAUCAUCACUCUCCUGUGUGUAGCCGGUGUCCUCUUAUUGGCUUUCACAGUCUUUGAAUCCAAGUUUGCAAAGGAUCCCAUCAUCCCUCGUGGUAUAUUUGCCAAUCGUAGUACCGUCUUGAUUCUCAUUGCAGCCUUUUGUUAUGGUGGAUGUUUUCAAUCUUUAAUGACCUAUGUUCCACUCUAUCUGUCCGUCAUUCGACAAGAAGAAGCCAUGGCAUCGAAUCUGGAAUUGUUGUGCUUAGUCUUGUUGGCUUGUAUCUUUAAUGUUCUGACAGGCUUAGUAAUUGUCAAGACGGGUAAAUAUACAUGGGCUUCCAAGGCUUCACUUUCAGUUUUGGUGUUGGCUUGUGGACUCUUGAAUUUAUUGGAUGUACAUUCGAGUCGUGGUGUGAUUGUAGGAUUAAUGGUAGUGACAGGUAUAGGAAGUGGUGGGAUGAUCAAUAGUGAAAUUAUCACUGCACAAGCAUCGGUUGCCCUGAAACAUGUCCCAUCAAUUGUAGCGUUCAUGACAUUUUGUGAUCAAGUGGGUGGUAUUACGGGUAUUACAGCGCAAGGUAGUAUUUUAUCCAAUACAUUGAGUUCAAGAUUGCAUGCAUUGGCAUUACCAGGUGUGACGCCCGAAUUAGUGCGGUCCAGCUCUACUUACUUGUGGAAUUUACCCGAGCCUACCCAAUCCAUUGUGAUGGAUGUCUAUAUGGAUGCCAUUCGUAUGUCUUUUUGGGGAUCAUUUGCCUUUGCCGCACUGGGUUUAAUUGCUUCCUUGGGAUUAAAAUCCUAUGUCAUGCGAACUGAUAUGAGUCAUGAUCUGAUUGAAGUGGAUGAAAAAACCACCUUUCCUAUUGAAGAAAAGCACUCGUAAAAUUAUAGACACACACUCUUUUACCCCAUCCCAAUUUUUUUUUUUUUUUUUUUUU